AUGUACGACCCCUCCAUGGACGACCACCAAGAUCAAAACCAUCAGAACCCCUUUGCGGAGAGACGAUCUCCUUAUCCUGAAUAUGAUAUUGGGGAUGCGCGAUCCAGGCCGCCUGUUCCGCCUGUUCGGCCGCUUCGGCCGGUUACGCUCUACGACCCGCCCUCUAUUCUGCACGCUCAUCCAGCCCCACUUCGGACGAGUUCCGCAUAUGCAUCGCAGCCGGCACCACAGCAGCCCUCGCAUGAUGCGGCGUCAACAUCGUCGAUCUUCGCCGUGCUUUUCGAAAUCUACAAAGAUGAUUUCGAGCGCUGGAUGCAACCGGUUUCGGACUGGCUGGAAGCGAGAGAGUCAUGGAGUUGGACGAUCCCGACUGCGAUUCUUGUUAUCUUGAGCUUCCCGCCCCUGUUCGGUCAUGAGAUUGUGCAGUUGAUUGUGGGAUUGGCGUAUCCGCUGGGUGUUGCGCUGGGCAUUGCGUGUGCGGGCGGUGUGAUAGGAGAGGCGGCCUGUUUUGUCGUCUUCAAGUACUUGUUCACGGGGUGGGUUGAGAAGAAGAUUGCCCAGAAAGUAAACUGGGCAGCUACAGCUCGCGUGACCCAAGAGGCAGGCUUUCGAGGCGUGUUGGUGAUCAGAUACUCGAUUGUUCCUCCCCCCAUGGCUGAGGAGACUCUAGAUAUCGCAAACCCACUCUUCGCUUGCACAGGAAUGAAAUUUUGGCUCUACAUGGCGACCGUGAUCUUGUCGCUCCCCAAGUCCAUGGUCUUCGUUGCUCUCGGUUCCCCAUCCAGCAAGAAUUCCAAAACAGCUAAGUAUGGCAAAGUGGCCGCCAUAGUCAUUGUCGUGAUCAUUACAAUAUUUGCGAGCAUGUGGAUUAGAAAGAAGAUGACCGUAGCCACACGGAAGAUAAUGGUGGAGCGUGGCAUCGCUCUGGGCGGGAGUGACGAGGAACUAGUGAUGAUGGAUGGGGACUCGGAGAGGGUGGACACCAGGGGCGAGACCGAUACGAGUUACAAGGGCGUGGUAACAGAGCAAUAUGUGCCGUAUCAAGGAGAUAUCGGUGUCGCUAUCGCGACUCCGCAUUCUUCGCAGCCUGGUGCUGCGCGGUAUGCGUAA